AUGCCGGCGUCGCCGCCGGCGUCGCCGCACCACGCGGUGAAACGCGUCGGUAACCACAUCCUGGGCGAGCUCAUCGGCUCCGGCGCGACGUCGCGCGUGCACAAAGCCGUCGACCAGCGCACGGGGUCGAUUUGCGCGGUGAAGGAGAUUCCGCUGCGCGGCGUCCCGGUCGAGCAGCUCGAGCGCAUCACGAGCGAAGUGGAGCUGCUGUCGAGGCUCGAACACGCGAAUAUCGUGAAAUAUGAGGGCGCGGUGCGCGUGGAGGAGUGCUUGUACAUCAUGCUGGAGUACGCGGAGAAUGGGUCGCUGGCGCGAACGGUACAUCCGAGUCGAUUCGGGGCGUUCCCGGAGAGCCUGUGCGCGGUGUACGUCGCGCAGGUGUUGAGAGGGUUGGCGUACUUGCACUCGCAAGGAGUGGUGCACAGGGACAUCAAGGGGGCGAAUAUAUUGACGACGAAGGAGGGAGUGGUGAAGUUGGCGGAUUUCGGCGUGGCGACAAAGGGCGGACGGGCGUCGGGGGAUGGGUUGAGUGGUGCGCUGGGGACUCCGUAUUGGAUGGCGCCGGAAGUGAUCGAAAUGCGGAGCGUCACGGCGGCGGCGGAUAUAUGGAGCGUGGGAUGUACUAUCAUAGAGUUAUUGACCAGCAACCCGCCGUAUUUUGAUCUCGAUCCCAUGCCGGCGUUGUUUAGGAUCGUACGCGACGAGCACCCGCCGCUGCCGACGGGGAUUUCAGAGGCGUUGCGGGAUUUCUUGUUGUUGUGCUUCAAAAGGGACCCGAAAGAUCGACCGAGCGCGGAGGAGUUGAUCAACCACACGUGGUUGAUGGACGAGCACAAAGUGCUCGCCGAGACG